AUGACACCACCAUCACCUGAUUUUGAGAAAUCAUUCUGGAAAUUCAAUAAACUAUUACGGCAUUUCGAAAGAGCAGUUACUUCAUGGUUCACAACGCCAUUGGUACUUUUAACAGUUCGAACGAUCUUUUUAACUUAUAGUUUGAUUACUUUGGCUUUAUCGAUAUACGUUCAUGACCGAAGAGGAAGAUUACAUUCGUAUUUGACAUAUUUUACGAAUCUGGGAUUUCUUGGACUGACGGCGUAUUUUGCGAUGGCAGUUGUUCAUUCUUUGAUCUUUGCAAUAUAUCGUGAGCCAAAAUCAUUUGCCAUUCAGCCAAAAGUGCUGACAAUUGCUUUUUGGAUAUUAUAUGAUGCCAUUGUAGUAUACCACAUUUUAAUUCCACUUGUCUCUUGGAUAAUUCUUGUUCCGAAUUAUGCUGAAGAAUCUUCACCACAUUUGAGACUGUUAACAUUUAACCAAAUCUCGAUGAAUGGUGUUGAUUUUUUUAUGAUGAUCGUUGAAGUGGUGUUAAAUAGAAUGCCACUGGUCAUGUCACACUUGAUUUUCGUCUUAGCGAUAUUGGUUUUUUAUUUAUUUGAAACAUGGAUAAGUUAUGCCAUAAGUCAGCAAUUUCCGUAUCAAUUUUUAGAUUUGAGAGAGCAGGUCACAGGAUAUCAUUUCGGAGUGAUAGGAGUUGCAAUAAUUGGAGCUUUCUUAAUACAGAAAUUGAUACAUGUUCUUCGAGACACAAUGGGGCGACGAUUGUGGCGAAAAGGAUUGAUACAGGAAAUGGAAGCGUAUCGGUAUCAAGGAAAUGGUAAUCGACCGAGUGUUGCUGCUGGAGAACUUGUGGAUGUGGUGGUGAGAACUCCUAAUGGAACUGAGAUUGGGGAUAUUGAAAAUGCGAGGAAACAAACAAAAUUUGCAGCAGAUGCUCAAGAAUUCUUUAGUCUAUUGCUGUUUGAAACACAACUAGUCGAAGACGAUGACAAUUAUCGCCUUACAACCGAAGCUUCAAUUUCAAGUCAAUCGAAG